ACCUAAUACAGGCGUUUCGGUCGACCCCGCCGCGGCGUGCGCCAGGAGUUGCGCAGUCUUCACUCACCCGUUCUGCUGCGCUCCUGCGCACUAUAUUCCGCCAAAUAAAUAACACACGUAAUCUAUUUUGAUUAAGUUUUCGCGUUAUCAACCAACGUUAUAAUUUGUGUUGAUUACACACGUCAUAGGGUCAUCUUAUCAUUUGCUCUUGCUUUAAAUGUUUGUGCUGUAGAUCCAGUGGAGUCAGUUAAGUCUGAGCGAGUAACGAACGUACUAAUUUGAAUAGUGCCAGUAAUUUAUACGGUCCAAUUUGGAGUAACCAUAUUAAAGGUGCUACUUUGUGAAAGCAACUGUUGUGUAUCUGCUGUGAUUGCUAUAUUAAUCGUGAUUACAAAAUGCCUAUUCGUCGAAGCCAGGUACAAGUGCUCGUGAAAUGGAUAUUCGAAAAUCAGCAUAAGCUACAAGUGCAGACCGUACGCGCAUGUAGUUCGUCGCUACGGUACAAGGAAUUAGAGGAAAACUCGCAGAUUGCCGAACAUCUGCCAUCAUCUUCAGCCGCGGCCUUACGGCCUGCGUCGACACUGCCCCGAGUCAACACCACACCCGAACACACAUUCAAGCAUGAAGACCUGCAAGUGCGACUUGCGGCACCAUACCAGUUAAAUCCGAAACCGGAGGUACAAGAACUGGGAUUCGGUAAAUUCUUCACAGACCAUAUGCUAAAAGUGACUUUCGACAAGCAGCUCGGCGGUUGGCAGAAACCAGAAAUCAGUCCUUUCGAGAAUCUGUCUAUUCACCCCGCAGCAAAAGCUCUUCACUAUGCCAUACAAUUGUUCGAAGGAUUAAAAGCAUAUCGGGGAGUGGAUGACAAGAUCCGGUUAUUCCGACCAGAGCUGAACAUGGAUCGCAUGAACUUGGCAGCUGAGAGAUCCGGCCUUCCGACUUUUGAUGGAGACGAGCUGAUCAAAUGCAUGUGCCGACUAAUUCAGAUCGACCAGGAGUGGGUGCCCCAUUCAGAAACCUCUACACUUUAUAUACGACCUACGUUAAUUGCUACCGAGCCAAGCUUCGGAAUCAUGGCGCCAGACACAGCCCUCCUGUUCGUAAUCUUAAGCCCGGUUAGCUCCUAUUACAAAACGGGUGCAGAUGGCGCAGUCUCGAUAUACGCAGAUCCCAACGUCGUCCGAGCCUUCCCCGGAGGCGUUGGCAACAGAAAAGUCGGAUCUAAUUACGGACCUACGAUAAAUACCACAGCAAUGGCGUCAAAGUUGGGACACCACCAAGUACUAUGGCUGUUUGGACCCGACCACGAGCUCACUGAAGUCGGAGCUAUGAACAUUUUCGCAGUGUAUGUUAAUGAACAAGGAGAUAAACAAUUAAGUACGCCGCCAUUGAAUGGCCUCAUCCUGCCGGGCGUAACGCGCCGUUCAAUCAUUGAACUAGCUAGCCAAUGGGAAGACCUUGUUGUCAAAGAAGAAGUAUUGACUAUGGGUCGAAUUCUAGAACUCAAUAAACAGGGACGACUAUUGGAGAUGUUUGGCGCAGGCACAGCAGUACUGAUAAGUCCUAUAAGCAGGAUAGGCUUCCUAGAAAAUAAUAUCGCCAUACCCACCAUGAAACAAGCGCAACCAGUGUACCAGCGAAUAAAAGACACUCUUCUCGCCAUACAAUACGGUCAUAUAGAGCACCCCUUCUCUAAAAUCGUAUCAUAGUGACUAUAUCUGCGUGUUCUGUGAACAACGCAUGACUUUCAGUGAUACUUGUGAAUUAUAAUGUACAUAAAGUGAAAAUCAACGCGCCAAGAGACGCUUAUAACAUGAUGCCACAAUGGAGAAUGUUUACUGACUUUCAGCUCGCAAAGAGCUGCGUGAACUGUAAAUUAGGUAAUUAAAGAUAAUUUUAUGAUAACGUUCAAGGUUGAUGCGAAACUUUGGAUAGAUAAGUGGACUUAAUGUUGUGCGUAUUUUCCAAGUUUUUUAAUUACUUUCCGUUUAUAUUUCCUUAAUGGUGCUACCAUUAAAAUUAGCACGAGAUGGCGACUGAUGUAUUUAUUACCAAAUAUGGUGAAUUGAUCUCUGAUUGAUUACUUUUGGUGUUCCGUCUACUAUAUGCUACUAUCCGCUGUUCAGUGAAAAGCGUGUAGCAUAGUUACGGCCAUUAACUUGUAUAUAUUGUUUACCAACCAUAUUGUAAGAAAAAGUACAAAAACUAAUUAGAUUAGCUGACACCCUCUGUAAAACUAAAUUAAUAUAUUAGGUAAUACGAAUGUAAAAAUAUACCUUAUGCAUAGAAAUACUCCUUAUGAUUUAAUUGUAACAAUAACAACCCAUCCAAACGGAUGGUGGCGACAUAAUGUUCGAUGUU